ACUACAAGAAAUGAAACUUCUCGAUUAUCCAAAAGAAACCUAUAACGCCAUACUACUUUGGUAGUACAAGUAUUUCAUUUCAUUAACUCUCCUUUAAAAGUCAAAGUUAAUAAGAGUAAUUCAAUCAAAAAGAGGCAUCAAUUCAUCGAAUCAUGUCGUGGCAAACUUACGUAGAUGAUCAUCUUAUGUGCGACAUCGAAGGCAACCACCUCUCCUCCGCUGCUAUCGUCGGCCACGACGGCAUCGUUUGGGCUCAAAGCCCCUCUUUUCCUCAGCUUAAGCCUGAAGAGGUAAGUGCCAUCAUGAAGGACUUUAACGAACCUGGAUCUCUCGCUCCUACUGGCUUACAUCUUGGUGGCACAAAAUAUAUGGUGAUCCAAGGCGAGCCUGGAGACGUGAUCAGAGGAAAGAAGGGCCCUGGAGGUGUAACCAUCAAAAAGACCAACCAGGCUUUGAUAAUAGGAAUUUAUGAUGAGCCUAUGACUCCUGGUCAAUGCAAUAUGGUUGUAGAAAGGAUUGGUGACUACCUUGUUGAGCAGGGCAUGUAAAUAAGAAGGUUGUGGAGUUCUGUGUGGACAAGUCCGGGGUUUGAGUAUCUUCAACAUAGCUUCCUUUGUCUUCCGUUUUAUGGUCUCUCAAAGAGUAGAUACUUUCAGGUGUAAUUAUCUAGAUGCUGAAAGACUUACAAUUGCUAAUGUGUAUCAAAUUAGCUGAUUGACGAUAUUGGCAGUAUUUUUACAUUAUUAUGUGCCUGUAUGAUUUUCCGCCCUAAAGAAUGAUGGUUGCUAAUCUUGCUAUGUAUAUCUUUGUCACUCUUUUGGGGAUGUAUGUUGCAAAAAUUCACAGUCA